GUCUCGCUCACACCACAAGUAUGGCUGCCAUUGUUUAGAGGUUGGAGAAUAUAGGCAAAUUUUUGUGGAUUCACCCGAAAUUCGAGGCGGAAAAGCGACCCUUUGUGCUGAAAUUGAUGUGAAAAGGUGUGAUAAGAGUGUGGCUAGUGUCUCGCAGUUGUGGAAAGCGCAGAAAUCCGUGGCAAAAGGAAGUUAACUUGCCGAAAAAGUUGUGUUUUAUUUCUCUUGUGUGUGAUUUUUUGCUCCCCCUACUGGGAAACUCUUCUUCGAGUGACGACGGAAUUUUCGACUGCAGCCAAAAUUGAUAUUUAAUUAAUUUUGCUGUGAGAACCCAGGCGCUCUGUUGCGACGCGGCGAAGAGUGAAAAUUCAGUUGCCAAUACAAUUGUAUGCUCUAUCGUGCAUUUAUUUGCAAUAUUCACAUCGUGAAUGCUGUAAAGUUAUGAAGCUUUGAGUUUUCAUUCACAUUACUACUAUUGAAUGGUUGUUUUCAUCUUCAGUCAUUAUUUAGGUUAUGGCAAACUUAAACUUUCAACAGCCUCCUAGAAGUAUAGCGAGCGCCUCUCUAACAGGACGAAGCACAGGGAGUUUCGGUGCGAAUUCCCUGUCCGGCCAUGUUACUCCGACGUCGGGAAUGUUUCCACCGGGCAGCGGGGCGAGCAGCUACGGACAGUCCCAGCCGCCCCAAUUGUCGCCCAACCGGAGUGCGCAGCAGCAACUGUCAAGUGCCAGUGUCGGAGGCGUUCCGCCCCAGAUGUCCAACUCGAGUCGCUCCAGCCUCUUUGGACAGCGCUCCUUCGCGGACCGGCGAGCGAUGGCGGGACUCGGAGGACCCAUGUCAAACAUGGGGUCUUUUAUGCAAUCAUCACGUGGCUAUGGAUCGCAGAGUGGCUCUGGUCUCAACAGCUUCCAUAGUGUCUUUGGCGGAGCCGGAAGGGACGCGGGGACGCCUCCUCUGCUGGACUUGUCUGAGUUCCCAUCGCUCACCAACUCGAGAGGCCAGUCGGACGGCGGAUCACAGCAGUCGAGCGGUGCUCUGCAGCCACCCGGAAGCAAGCCCUAUGUUGGAAUGGUGAAACAGCCGACGUCGGAGCAGAGUGAGUUCCAGAUGUCCAGCGAGGAUUUUCCCGCGCUGCCAGGCACUCAGGUGGUGGAUGGAGGGGCUAUUGGCGGUGGACCUGGCGGCAUUCUGGCGCCCGGCGGAGUGGACAUGAGUGGCGAGAAGAGUCUGCUGCGUGAGGGUGUCCAGAGUGGGCAGACUGGCGCCGCGGGCAUGGGAAUGGAGCUGCAGAGUGAAUCGCUGGUGGGUGGCGUGACGGAGAAGGCGAUGAAGCGGGGCGUCCAGACGUCCCCGGACGGCAAGGUGACUAACAUCCCGGCGAGUAUGGUGAACAAUCAGUUUGGCAUGGUGGGCCUCCUCACGUUCAUCCGGGCGGCGGAGUCCGAUCCCAAUCUCGUGUCACUGGCUAUGGGUCAAGACCUGACGACGCUUGGUCUCAAUCUCAAUUCACCUGAGAAUCUGUAUCCCGCCUUUGGGGGUCCAUUUUCGGAUCAGCCCUGUCGGCCGCAGGACAUAGACUUCCACGUACCACCUGAAUACCUGGUGAACAUGUCAAUUCGAGACAAGCUCGCCCAGCCAGUACUGAAAAAAUACAAAGACGACUUACUCUUUUUUCUCUUCUACACAAACGUGGGUGAUGUUAUGCAACUGGCCGCCGCCGCUGAACUCCACAGCAGAGAUUGGCGAUAUCAUAUAGAGGAGAAGGUGUGGAUUUCGCGUCUUCCCGGCAUGAAUCACUAUGACAAGAACGGCACAACGGAACGAGGCACGUACUACUACUUCGAUGCCCAAAAUUGGCGGCGAGUAGUGAAGGAUUUGCAAAUUGACACGGGGAAGCUGGACAAGUGUCCCAACUUGAAUGCAAUUGUGAACCUCAGCGGACAGCCUGUGUAGAGGUUCGACUUUCCCGGAUUGCAGCAGUUGAUGAUAAUGAUGAUGUGUGGACAUGUGAAGGCAAAAGCUGGACGACGUCCGGAGGGACGUUGGGUGUAAAGAUGAAUUUCCUUUUUCUUUAUUUUUCUCAUUUCUUCACACACACUCAAAAACAAACACACACAUACACGCAGGAUACAACAAAAUCUACUCCCCGCCCGCAGAUUAUACAAAAUUACACAGUUUUAAGUGACAGAAAUUUCGGGAGCUACAUAAAGAGAGCAAAAAAUCUUUUAGAACAGUCUUGAUUUCUUUUUCCGUGAGAAGGAACAUAAAUAGAGAAAAGAAUUCAGAGGUAAAAGAAAAAAGUAAUAUAUGAACUCGGUAUUUUCUUACAGAAUGUAAUUCUCCAAAAAAAAGCGCACUAAUUGGUGGAUAAAGAGAUCUUCAAAUUACAAUAUAAAAUAGUACAUUUUUCCUAAUGAAAGAGUCGUGAGAACAUUUUCAUUUGACUUUGUACACUGGCUAAAUGUGUGUGAAUAAUGACGAUAAUUUUGUGACAUGAUAGAAGAUGAAUUAAAGAGGAAAGCAGAAAAGUUUUACAAAUAGAA